AACGCAAAACGUUCUUGGUGAGAAGGGACGCCGAAUCCGGGAGCUGACUGCUGUCGUACAGAAGAGGUUUGGCUUUCCAGAAGGAAGCGUUGAGCUCUAUGCCGAGAAGGUGGCCACAAGAGGUCUGUGUGCUAUUGCCCAAGCAGAGUCCCUGCGUUACAAACUUCUGGGAGGUUUAGCGGUGCGUCGAGCCUGCUAUGGUGUCCUCCGCUUCAUCAUGGAGAGUGGUGCUAAGGGUUGUGAGGUGGUGGUGUCCGGGAAACUCAGAGGCCAGCGAGCCAAGUCUAUGAAGUUUGUGGAUGGCCUGAUGAUCCACAGUGGAGACCCUGUAAACUACUAUGUCGAUACAGCUGUGCGCCACGUCCUCCUCAGGCAGGGUGUGCUGGGUAUUAAAGUAAAGAUUAUGUUGCCUUGGGACCCAAGUGGGAAGAUUGGACCCAAGAAACCCCUGCCAGACCAUGUCAGCAUUGUGGAGCCCAAGGAAGAGAUCUUACCCACCACACCCAUCUCAGAGCAGAAAGGUGGCAAACCAGAACAGCCAGCCAUGCCUCAGCCAGUUCCCACUGCAUAAUGGGAUUUUUCAACACUUGGAAGGAGAAGGUGGACUGUGGCUCCUGAAAGGAUCUUAAUAAAAUCAUAAAAGACA